AGCCUUUCUCUAUAUAUAUCUACUUGGUGUGUCUUUGCCAACCCAUCUUUUUCUCUGUGCCCCCAAAAUCUGAACUUACAUUGCACAAUUGCAUUUCUGUCUUAACCUCCAAUAUUUAUAUAACUUGAUCAACUUUUUUUGGAUUUGGGAUAUAAUAACACAACAAAUCCUAGCCAAUCCAUAUUUCCAAACAACCCUUUUCCCCUUUUGUUUCUUGGCCUUUUCUGUGUUCAAUUAAUUAAUUUGGUUGAUCAGAACUGCAAACCUAGAUUCCAAAAAGAUGACUUGUUUGGUUGCUCGGUCGGGAAGGGAAUUGCAGAGGUACAACAUGGGCCGCCGGCAAGUCGUAGGAUGCAUUCCCUAUAGAUACAAAGAUGGCAGUGAUGGUGCCAUUAGCAACGAAUUGGAAGUCCUUGUGAUCACUUCACAGAAAGGCAAUGCAUUUAUGUUCCCUAAGGGUGGUUGGGAACUUGAUGAAUCCGUAGAAGAAGCUGCUUCAAGAGAGUCACUAGAAGAAGCAGGGGUCCUAGGCAAUGUUGAGUGCCAAUUGGGCAAAUGGAGUUUCAUGAGCAAAAGCCAAGAGACAUAUUAUGAAGGGUACAUGUUUCCCUUGUUUGUCAAGGAGCAACUAGAUCUUUGGCCUGAGAAGAAUGUACGACAAAGAAUAUGGAUGACUACAACGAAAGCAAGAGAGGCAUGCCAACAUUGGUGGAUGAAGGAAGCGUUGGACAUUUUGGUCGAACGGCUUACCUCGGAACAGAAACAAGAGGAGAAUGUACUGGCUUGUUCUUUCAAUUAAUUAAAAAAUCAAGAUUCUCUUGCAUUGUACAUAGAAAUUGUUUAGAAGAAGUUUCCGUCCAGCCAAAAAAUUGGACUGGUUUAGGGCAAACUUCUCAGGCGGAUCAAAAAGUGUAAAAGAGGAAUUAGAUUAAUUUUUUAUUUUAUCGUAAUUUGUUUU